UUGGUUUCUCGCCAGUUCGUGGAGAUGUCAAAAUCUCGAAUUGAAGGACUUAUCGCCACAUUUCCAAAACUUGCCGAUCCAGGGAAGCAACAUACGUUUGCUGAGACCGACUCUGUUCGCUAUGUUUAUCAACCUUUGGAGAAGCUCUACGUCCUUCUCAUCACCACUAAGGCUAGCAACAUUCUUGAAGACCUGGAAACACUUCGCCUUUUUGCCCGAAUUCCUGAAUAUGCUCGUGGCCUUGAAGCCUCCGAUGUCGUCGAGAAUGCUUUUCAAAUCAUCUUUGCGUUCGAUGAAAUUGUAGCUCUUGGGUACCGCGAGAGCGUUACUCUGAGCCAAAUUCGCACUUUUACAGAGAUGGAUUCACACGAAGAAAAGAUGUUUAAUGCGGUACGGGAGAAUCAAAUGCAAGAGGCUCGUGAAUUAAGCAAACGGAAAGCCCGUGAACUCGAGCUUGCUCGUCAUGCUGCUGCAAAACAAGGAUUGCCACUGAACUCAAUUUACAACAGUUUUUCUAGCGUUAGGAGCGCUGAUGCCUUUGCUUCUGAACCGAGUGUUGAGCCUCCCUCUGAUGAUCAACCAGGAGUACCCUUGUUGUCUCGUGAAAACUGGGGAUCGUCGACUUCGGAGUCGUCGGCGAGGCGUGGAAUGCAGUUAGGAAGUCGUGGAGGACAUAUUAAGGCCGAGAUGGAUAGGCUCACUGAUAUGAUACGGGGUGAAGUCCCUCCGGUGGUUUCCGAUGCUGCAAACGUUGAUACUCCAACGAAACCUGCGACUACUACUAUGUCAAAGUAA